AGGGAAAGAAGGAAGAUCUCCCUUGUCACAACCUCCAUAACAUUCUCUUCAAAGUUCAAACAUACAUGCCUAUAUGCCAAGCUUUUGUCUUCUUACUCUCAUCCAUAUAUGUUACACACACCUAAAUCCCCUCUUUAUUAUAGACUGUGCUUCUCCUUUCUUUCACUUAAGAAUUUGAUAUCUUCCUCCACUCCGACAAAGGGUUGAUUAGCUAGUUGUGUUCCGAGUCACCAAAAUGCAAAACCCCGAAGAUCACCACCACUCUGACAAGGAGAUUAUCGAGAAUGAUAAUAACAACAGUCCGUUAAACGCCAGCACAUCUAAUGAUGACACUUACGUUGAAAUUACCCUCGAUGUCCGCGACGACACCGUGGUAGUCCACAGUGUCAAAAAUGCCACUGGGAAUAAAGGAGAGGAAGCAGAGCUAGAGGUGCUGGCCAAAAGUCUGCAGAAAAAGCGCAGCUUUGCGGCCUCGAUCAUCAAAAGGACUUCGAUGAGGAUGCGAUUGGCUUCUUUCAAGAAACAAUCGCAUCCUUCUCGGAGAUUUGAUAGAACUUCAGUAGCAGCUCAACAUGCUCUCAAAGGCCUCAAGUUUAUCAGCAAGACUGAUGGUGGCUCUGGAUGGGCUGGCGUCGAAAAGCGCUUCCACGAGCUCACCGCCACCUCAGAGGGCUUACUUCCUCGGGCACAAUUUGGAGCAUGCAUAGGUAUGACUAGGGAAUCUGAGAAAUUUGCACUAGAGCUUUUUGAUGCGCUAGCUCGGAGGAGAAAUAUCACCAGUGAUUGCAUCAGCAAAGAACAGCUCAAAGAGUUUUGGGACCAAAUUGCCAACCAGAGCUUUGAUUCUCGGCUUCGAACCUUCUUUGACAUGGUUGAUAAAAAUGCAGAUGGUAGAAUCACAGCAGAAGAAGUCAGAGAGAUAAUUAGCCUAAGCGCAUCUGCUAACAAGCUGUCAAAUAUCCAGAAACAAGCUGAAGAAUACGCUGCAUUGAUCAUGGAAGAGUUAGACCCCGACGACUUGGGAUACAUCAUGAUUGAGAACUUGGAAACACUUUUAUUACAAGCCCCAAAUCAGUCAGAUCGAGCAAAAGACCUGAACAGGAACCUAAGUCAUAUGCUAAGCAUGAAGCUUAAGCCAACAGUGGAGACUAAUCCCAUAAAGAGAUGGUAUAAGAAUUUGAAGUACUUUUUGCUGGACAAUUGGCAAAGAGUUUGGGUACUGUUAUUAUGGAUUGUUGUCAUGGCUGGCCUAUUUGCUUAUAAGUAUGUCCAGUACAGAAACAGAGCUGCAUUUGAUGUCAUGGGUCACUGUGUUUGUAUGGCAAAGGGGGCUGCGGAGAUACUUAAGCUCAACAUGGCACUGAUUUUACUCCCAGUCUGCAGGAACACUAUCACCUGGCUUCGAAACAAGACCAAGUUAGCUGCUGCUGUUCCCUUCGAUGAUAACCUCAAUUUUCACAAAACGAUGGCAGUGGCAAUCGCAAUUGGUGUUGGAAUACACAUACUUGCUCAUAUGACUUGUGAUUUUCCUCGGCUUCUAGAUGCUAGCCCUGAAAAGUAUAAACCAAUGGAGCCAUACUUCGGUGAUCAGCCAACAAACUAUUGGCAUUUUUUGAAGGGAGUGGAAGGAGCGACAGGGAUUACAAUGGUGAUUUUGAUGGCAAUAGUUUUCACUCUAGCAACUCCAUGGUUUAGAAGGAAUAGAAUCAAUUUGCCAAGACCCUUGAACAAGCUCACUGGUUUCAAUGCCUUCUGGUACUCCCACCACCUCUUUGUCAUUGUCUACACUCUCCUCGUAGUCCAUGGUAUCAAGCUUUACUUGACCAAAGAAUGGUACAAGAAGACGACAUGGAUGUACUUAAGUAUACCAAUCAUACUUUAUGCUGGUGAAAGAUUACCAAGGGCAUUCAGGUCAAGCAUCAAGGAUGUUAAAAUAUUGAAAGUGACUGUGUAUGCUGGAAAUGUGUUGACGCUCUAUAUGUCAAAGCCACAGGGCUUCAAGUAUAAAAGUGGGCAAUACAUGUUUGUCAACUGUGCUGCAGUUUCUCCGUUUGAAUGGCACCCAUUUUCUAUUACUUCAGCGCCUGGGGAUGACUAUCUCAGUGUCCAUAUUCGAGCUCUUGGUGAUUGGACCAGAAAACUCACAGCUAUUUUCUCAGAGGUGUGCCAGCCACCGCCAACCGGGAGAAGUGGACUCCUAAGAGCUGACUGCUUGCAAGCAGAGGGAAUAAAUUUCCCAAAAGUGUUAAUUGAUGGCCCAUAUGGAGCACCAGCACAAGACUAUAAGAAAUAUGAGGUGCUUUUGUUGGUAGGUCUAGGAAUUGGAGCCACCCCUAUGAUCAGUAUCGUAAAAGACAUUGUGAACAACAUGAAAGCCAUGGAGGAAGAAGAGUAUGAUUUGGAGAGCACAGGACAAAAUAAAAAAUCAGGGUCAGGGAGUGGAAGAAACUUCAAGAGCAAGAAGGUAUAUUUCUAUUGGGUUACUAGAGAACAAUGUUCAUUUGACUGGUUCAAGGUUAUAAUGAACGAUGAAAUGGAUCCUACUGGAGUGAUAGAGAUGCAUAAUUACUGUACAAGUGUUUAUGAAGAGGGUGAUGCUCGCUCUGCUCUCAUCGCUAUGAUUCAGUCCAUCAAUCAUGCCAAGAACGGCGUAGACGUUGUCUCUGGAACAAGGGUUAAGACUCAUUUUGCUAGACCUAAUUGGCGGAAUGUCUACAAGCGCAUUGCUCUUAAUCACACUGACGCAAGAGUUGGGGUUUUCUACUGUGGGGCACCAGCACUGACAAAAGAGCUAAGACAGCUGGCCUUAGAUUUUUCCCACAAGACAGACACAAAGUUUGAUUUCCAUAAAGAAAUUUUUUGACCAAUAAUGGACGAACAGAGGAUCAAACCAAACAGAUAAGAACGAUUUUUGUUAAAGAAUCCACGUCCACUACCUUUUGUGUAUUGUUAUAAGAAUAACAAUUUUUUUCGA